UUCAUUCAAUUUCGCAACUACAAAAAUAGUAUCGUGUGGUUCGAUAUUUGCGUUAGCUUUUGGAUGAAACCACACACUCGCCCAUCCAUCAUAACUAUUGUCUGAUAAAUUGACGGUUUAUUUUCUUGCUGUUGUGUGUAAUUUAUUGAUUAGCAGCUCUACUGUGAAGUGACAAAAACAAAAAGCCUAUUGUAAAAAUUAAACAUUUUAUUAGAAAAUUGUAAAAAGAGAAAUAAAAAAUUUGUAACAACAUGGAUGAAGCGAGUACGGCUAAUUCUCAUACAAGUAGCCUUAAUGCUGUUACCAUGAAUGGAUCUUCCGGUAGUCAAAUAACCAAUGGUACUGUACGUAAUAGAGAUUCUUGGGAAGAAGUCACAAUUGAGGUGCCCUGGGGUACAGUACAAGGAAAAUGGUGGGGAAGUCGUAAUAAACAACCAAUACUAGCAUUGCACGGAUGGCAAGAUAAUUGUGGUAGCUUUGAUAGAUUAUGUCCACUUAUGCCACCAGAGAUACCCGUCCUUUGCAUUGAUCUACCAGGUCAUGGAAAAUCUUCACAUUACCCCAAAGGCAUGCAAUAUUUCAUAUUUUGGGAUGGUAUAUGUCUGAUUCGUCGCAUUGUACGCAAAUACGGUUGGAAACGUGUCACUCUAAUGGGCCAUUCAUUGGGUGGUGCUCUAACUUUUAUGUAUGCCGCUAGUUUCCCCACAGAGGUGGAAAAAUUAAUAAAUAUUGACAUUGCUGGGCCCACAGUGCGCAGUAUUGAACGUAAUGCCGACAUAACGGGAUGGGCAUUAGAUAAAUUUUUAGACUAUGAAACAUUACCUGAAACCAAAGUACCUUGUUAUACAUACGACGAAAUGGUAAAACUGGUUUUAGAUGCUUAUGACGGCUCCGUUGAUGAGUAUUCGGUAAAGAUAUUAAUGGAACGUGGCAUGGAAACGGCACCACAACAUUUGCACAAAAACGGUUAUCACUUUUCCAGAGAUUUGCGUUUAAAAAUCUCUCUACUUGGUAUGUUUACAGCUGAACAAGUAUUAGCCUAUGCCAAACGUAUACGCUGUAAAGUUUUAAAUAUUCGCGGUAAUCCGGGCAUGAAAUUUGAAAAUCCUCAAGUCUACGAACAAGUUAUUGAAACUCUAAAAGAAAAAGCUGAACUUGUGAUAUACAAAGAAGUACCUGGCACACAUCACUUGCAUCUUUGCACACCGGAACGUGUGGCUCCGCUUAUAAAUGAGUUUUUAUUAGAAGCGUAAUGGAAAGAAAUACAAACAAAAGCUGCAUAAUUAUUUAAGUAGGGUAAUUAUUUAAUUUAAAUUUAUAGAAAACGAAAGAAAUAAGCUUUUGCUAUUUUGUGAAUACACUUAAAACAUUUUAGUGAUAUAGAUACAUAUACAUACUAACAUACAAACAUAUUUUUGAAUCACUUUUACUUACAAUUCUAAAUUGUUAAUUUUAGCAAAAUUAUUGUAAUAAAUAUCUUCUGUUUAAAGACACAACUAUUUAUUUUUUAAAAUAACUUACGUUUUAAGAAUGAAAUUUACUAAAAAAAUAACAUUGUAAACAUAUAGCACUUUUUCCAUUUCAAUUAAAAAAAAUAGUGAAGCUCUUUCACAAAUAACUAAA